CAUACUAUAAGUAUAAAUUAUGGUACAGAAAAAUCAAACAAAUCAUUUGCCGAAAGAGUUGCUUGUCGAUUAGUUUUACUGCCUAUACAAAAAAUAACAUAUCCCACACAAGUUCAUCAUGCAUCCAACCGUGUUGAAACUGACUUUGGCGUCGAGCGCGUUACUGGUGCUCGCCGCCGCAGCCCCGCAGACGGCCGAGUUGAAGCCGCUGGUGACGCAAUUGAAUCCUGAAGCCAGGGCGUAUGCGGCCGCUUACCCUUAUAGCGCGCCAGCGGCCGUGGCCGUGCCCGCCGUUCCAGCCGCCCAAGUCGGCACGGCCAUCACCAAGACGGUCCACUACGCGGACACGCCGACUGUAGUGGGAUAUGCGCCCACCGUGUACAAACCGGACCUAUCCGCGUUCGCCGCCGCCUCCUUUCCGCAAGUCGAGCAACUCCGCCGUUUCAAUCCCGGCGUCCGUUCCGUGAACGCGGUCGUCCCGAAAGUGACCGCCGUCGAACCGUCGGUGAUCGUCCAGAAAGUGCCGUACGAGGUGCCCUUGCCCGUGCCCGUCGAAUACAGGCCGCCGUUCACCGUGGUCACCAACGACGUCGUCUCGUCGCCCUAUUACUAUUCAUACAUUCACGACCGCAAAUAAGCUCUACGACGUGUGUCUCGACUCUGACUGUAACUAGACAAUUAUUUUGAAGAACGAGCGGAGACCUCAAUGUUCGACUCGUGUAUUUUUUAUUUUCGUUUACAUUAUAAGUAGAAUUAAAAAAAAAAAAACACUUUAACGUAGGUUGCACAAUAAUGUACUUGUAUUUUACAAAAACACAAAAUAUUUAUUUAUUUUUAUAUUAUGUACAUUUAAUAUAAAUUAUAUUGAAUUUA